AUGCACAGCACAGAGAUGGUAUUUGGGGAACAAGAUAACAACGUGGGAUUCUGUGAUCUCAAGCACUGGUGGGAAAGUUGUGCCCUGAGGGUCCAGAAAAGGAGAGAUUACUGUGACAUAUCAAAGGGUCCCCCGUCGGGCUGCAGCGCAUCCCUCACCCGCGAGGCCCUGGCUGUCUGCGUACCCCAGCGCCAUCGUCGGAGUGCCCACGGGGAGGGCGACCCCGCAGGACUCCUAGCCCGGGCUGAAAAACGUCUGCCGGCGCGCUGCACAUUCCGCAUUACAAGAAUUCGCUUGGGGCUGCGACGGCCACAGCGGCGGGCACGGAGGGCGGGGAGGAGGCCAGAUCAAAGAAAGCGCCGAGGGGCCAGCACUCCAGGGAGGACGAGGGACAUCCUGGGCGCUGACCCCGAGAGCAGAGCGAGCGCCCCUCCCGGGGCUCAGGCAGGAGAAGGCGGCGCGCCGCGCGCCCCCGCCCCGUGCGCCCCAGCGGCCAGGCCUGAGCCACCGCCCCCGAACUUCCCGCCCCUAGAGGAGGCGAGGCCGGGACCCAAUAAACUCGCCAGAGCGGGCUGCGAGGAGAGGAGGCGUCGGGCGGAACGGCUUCGGAGAGAGACGAUGCCUCGGCUCCCCGGCAGAGCGUGGCGGCUCUUCGGCGUGGUGCUGCUGACGGUGCUGCUGGCGGAGGGGCGGGGGCUCCCCGUGAAGAAGCCGCGGGGUCCCUGGCUCUGGCCUGGGAGCCACGCGAGGCUGGCGAAGGUGAGCGGCGGGGAGCGGGGCUGGGACGCGAGCAGCGACCACCGGGUCCAGGGGCUGGGCCGGGCGAGGGCCAGGUGCAUGGGGCCUCAGGAUCCCCGACUCCCCGGGCUGUGUAGUGCGCGCUCCGAGGGUGCGCAGGCGGGAAAGGAGCCUGCGCUUGGCGCCUGGCGCUUUGCCGAGCGGCGGAUCGGACUUGCUGAGGUUCAACGGUCAAGGGGUCAACAGUCCAGCCGUGCCUCCCUGGACUGGAGUGGACCGUUCAUCCCCUUGGGGAUAAAACCUGCUGGACUUGUUCCAAGGGGGAAGAUACAGCCAGUGUCCGGCUGCUUGAGGGCAUUCACCGGCACUAGGGGCUGCUCUGAGCUGCACGAGGCAAGCCCGAAGCGCCUGCCUGCAGAGCAAGCCCCCGCCCCCAGCAGCCCUCAGCCAAUGGAGUUGGCCUCCCCAGAUCCCAGCUCUCUUAGGGAAGAGGAGGAGACCCCAGCAGUCCCUGGAACCCACCUACAGGUGGGGCCACCACACACAGCUCUGACCCUGGAAAAGGCAGCCCCUGCUGGGACCCGGAAGGACUCUCCCCUGCUGCUGGAGCUGCAGAAGCUGCCAGGGCUGGCCAACACAGACUUGAGUACCCCGAACCCCAAUAUCCAGCAAGGGACAAACAGCACCAACCUGGCCGGGAUGUCCGGAGACCAAGCGAGUGGAGAAGGCUUUGGGAGCUGCGGUGGGUUCCGGAAUCCAGGGGGAGGCCUUACGGAGAAGCCCGGAGCUCUGAGCCCUCCCGCACUCACCAGCCUGGAGUCUCUCUCCCUGCAGGUGACCAUCGAGGUGGUGGAGGACCCCCAGACCCAGGCGGAGAUGGACCUGUUGGCUGAGCCAAGCAGUCGCGGGCCCCAGGGUGCCCCCAGCUGGCAGCACACCAAGGAGCUCUUCUGGCCCCUCUUCUGGGGCUACACGGAGGGGGAGGCGGGGGAGUCCAGUCUCAAGGGCAGCGUCCCAGGGGACAAGGAGGAAGAAGAGGAGGACUACCCUUCAGAAUACAGUGAGGAGGCGGAGGAGGACGACGACCCUUCCGAGUACAGCGACAGCGAGGGCCAGGAGAGCACCAACGAGGAAGAUGACGACAAGGAGAAGCCUGGGUUCAGUGGAGCCACCGGCGGCUGGGAGCAAGGCUGGCUGGCCCCCAGGGACUGGGACUUCGAGGAGCUGGACAGCUACGAUUAUGAGCUUCAAGAGGAGUGGAGCCCCUGGUCUCCUUGCAGUGUGAGCUGCGGCAGCGGCAGCCAGCAGAGGACUCGGCCCUGCGGCUACGCCUGCACUGCCACCAAGUCCCGGGCCUGCGACCUGCCCCCCUGUCCUGGUGAGAUGAGCCACAGCUCCUGCACAGGGAGCGCCUUACACGCUGGGCCUGAUCCCCUGGGAACUUCCCCCACUUCUCUGCCCUCUGCAGAUGUGGACAGCUGCGAGAAGUGGCUGAACUGCAAGAGCGACUUCCUGGCCAAGUACCUGAGCCAGGUGCUGCGGGACCUGCCCAGCUGCCCGUGCACAUACCCGCCGGAGGCUGUGUACAAGGCCGUGAGCCUGCGGGAUGAGCGCCGGGGCCGCAGCUUCCGGUGGAAGGAUGCCAGUGGCCCGAGAGAGCAUCUGGACGUGUACCAGCCCACGGCCCACUUCUGCCUGCGCUCCCUGCUGUCCGAGGACAGCAGCACGCUGGCCGCCCAGCACUGCUGCUACGACUCGGGCGGCCGGCUGCUGACCCGAGGCAAGGGCGCAGGCGCACCUGACCUCAUCAGCACCGACUUCUCACCUGAGCUGCACUUCAAGGUGGACAGGCAGCCCUGGAUCCUGUGUAAGGGGGACUGGAGCCGCUACCACGUGGUGCGGCCCCCCAACAAUGGCCGGGCCUGCGCCGACAACCCUCCUGAGGAAGAGUACCUGGCCCAGCUGCAGGAAGCCAAGGAGUACUGA